AUGCGGCGAUUUCUCCGAAAAUCACAGCGACUCAAUCGCGAUCUGGACGCUCUUCGUCGAGAUAUCGACACGGACGUGCAUAUUAAACCCGCGGAGAAUCUACUGCGAGAUCUGCAAGUGGAUCCCGAGCAAGGUCUACCGACGAUCAUCGCGAGAGAUCGCCUACGAGAGCAAGGACCGAAUGCGCUGACGCCGCCGAAGAAAACAUUAGAGAUCCUUAAAAUUCUACAUCACUGCUGCAGUGGAUUCUCCAUGCUGAUAUGGACAGGCGCUGCUUUGUGCCUUGGUAAUUACUUCCUGGAGCGAGAAACCUACGGCGAAGCGUCCGAGGAUCAUCUCUGGCUCGGCCUGGUCCUGAUCGUCCUGAUCUUGGUCACGGGUAUGUUCAGCUAUUAUCAAGAUUCCAAGAGCUUGCGCAUCAUGGAAUCCUUCCAGCGGAUGCUACCGCAGCGAGCCAAGGUCCUGAGGGACGGCGAGAGAAAGGAGCUGUUGGUGACCGAACUGGUCGUCGGGGACAUCGUCCUGCUGGAAACUGGCGACCGGGUGUCUGCUGACAUUAGGAUCCUGGAAUGUCAAGGCUUGAAAGUGGACAAUGCCUCGCUCACAGGCGAAUCGAUACCGUUGAUACGAACAGCGAAUAUCCCGCAAACCGGCAAUGUUAUCGAGGCGAAGAAUAUGGUGUUCUUCUCUACGAACAUCGUCGAAGGCUCCGGGAAGGGCGUCGUGGUGGCUCGCGGUGACGACACGGUGAUGGGCAGAGUGGCCAGGCUUACUUCAAAACUCUCGCCACGACCUACGCCACUUUCCCGCGAGAUCCAUCGCUUCAUGAAAGUGAUCUCGUGCUGGGCGGUUUUCGUCGGUGUUCUUUUCUUCGUCAUGUCCGUCGCGAUGAACUACAACUGGAUCGACUCGGUGGUGUUUCUCAUCGGUAUCAUCGUGGCGAACGUGCCGGAAGGCAUCGUCGCCACGGUGACGGUCAGUCUGACCCUGACCGCCAAGAGGAUGGCCAGCAAGAACUGCCUGGUGAAGAAUCUCGAGGCCAUCGAGACGCUCGGAUGUACCGCCGUUAUCUGCAGCGAUAAAACCGGCACUCUCACGCAGAAUAAAAUGACCGUGCGACACAUGUGGUACGACGGCCAGAUGCGCGAAGUGAUGGCUUCAGACACGUGGAGGAAGUACGCCAACAGUCAAGGCUUCGAGAACCUGGCCAAAGUGGCGAGUCUCUGCAAUCGCGCUAAAUGGGUACCAGAAGAUGCCGUUAAGCUACCGUUAAAUAAAAGACAGGUAUUAGGAGACGCGUCGGAUAUUGCCUUGCUGAGAUGCAUGGAGGCCCUCGUGAAGGGAGGGGCCGAUUUUUUCAGGAAGGAUUACGUCAAGAUCCUCGAGAUUCCCUUCAACUCGACGGAUAAAUUCCAAGCCAACGUGCACCUGUUUCAAGGCAGGUACCUCGUGUGCUUCAAGGGUGCUCCCGAACGAGUUCUCGAGCGUUGCUCCACUGUAGCAUUCGGCAACCGGACCGAGAAGUUAAACGACAAAAUGAAGACGGCGUACACAGAAUCCUGUCACAUACUGGCGAACAACGGGGAACGCGUCCUCGGCUUCGCCGACCUUGAACUCUCGGCAUCGACUUACCCCGUAGGUUACCGCUUCGAGGCUGACCCCCCAAAUUUCCCUCUCCAAAACUUGAGACUGAUCGGCCUGAUCGCCAUGAUGGACCCGCCGCGACCGACGGUACCGGACGCAGUGUACAAAUGUCGCUGCGCCGGCAUCAAAGUCAUCAUGGUGACCGGCGACCACCCGGACACCGCCAAGGCGAUCGCCAGAUACGUCGGCAUCAUCACCGACGAUGAUCAUGAUCACGAUUAUAACCACGACAACAACAAGAGACACUACAUUGUGGUAACGGGUGCCCAAUUACGGGAUCUGUCACCUGAGCAGUUGGACAGGUUGAUCAGACAGUACCGAGAAAUCGUGUUCGCCAGGACGUCGCCGGUGCAGAAGCUGCAGAUCGUCGAGAGCUGCCAACGACUGCACCUCAUCACUGCAGUCACCGGCGACGGCGUUAACGACUCGCCGGCCCUGAAGAAAGCCGACAUCGGCAUCGCCAUGGGCAUCACGGGGUCAGACGUGAGCAAGCAGGUGGCGGACUUGAUACUGCUCGACGACAAUUUCGCGUCGAUAGUGACGGGCAUCGAGGAGGGCCGGCGGAUCUUCGACAAUCUCAAAUCGAGUAUUGCGUACAUCUUGGCGAGCAACGUGCCGGAAAUCACGCCUUUCUUGGCAUUCGUCGCACUGGGGAUUCCCCUGCCUGUCGGCAUUAUUUGCGUUCUGUGCAUCGAUCUGGGAACGGACAUGUGGCCGGCCGUCUCGUUGGCUUAUGAGAAGCCCGAGUCGGACGUUAUGUUGAGGAAGCCCAGGAUACCUCAGAGCGAUCAUCUGGUCAGCCGACGACUGAUAUUCAUGGCGUAUGGCCAGAUCGGCGUGAUCGAGACCUGUGCGGGUUUUUUCGCAUAUUUUGUGGUGAUGGCGGAACACGGUUUCCUGCCGGGACGAUUGCUAGGCUUACGGUCAGAAUGGGACAACGCGGCGAUAAAUGAUCUGAAGGAUAGUUUCGGUCAGGAGUGGACAUACGAGCAACGCAAGAUCCUCGAGUACACCUGCCACACUGCUUUUUUCGUCAGCAUCGUCAUCGCCCAAGUGGCGGACGUAAUGGUCUGCAAGACCCGUCGGAACUCGUUGUUGCGCCACGGCAUGGGCAACUGGGUGUUGAACCUGGGCUUGCUGCUUGAGAUCGGCCUAGCUUGCCUGGUGUCUUAUGCUCCUCACAUGGAUCGUGUCCUAAAAACGUACCCUCUGAAAGCGGAAUGGUGGCUGCCCGGACUGCCGUAUGCUAUUCUUAUUUUGAUCUACGAAGAGUCGAGGAAGUGGUGGAUCAGACGCAACCCGAGCGGCUGGUGGGACAAAGAGACUUCGUACUAG